UCCUCUUCUGGUCCUUGCAAUGGCUGAUGCAAAGUACCCUUCAUCAACUAAAACAGAAACAAAGAGAACAACAUUUUCACUUUUCGCCACAAGGAAAACAGUGGCUUUUGCUUUUACUUUCACUUCUGUAUUUGUUGUUGGUUUCACCACUUUGUUACUCCUCAACCCUUCUUCUUACUCCUCUCCUUGGCUCAAAACUUUCCUCCAAACUUCCUCUUACAGAUCCCACUUUACCUCUCUUUUCUCUCACUUUCUUCCCAACUCUUCCCAAUCCAAUUACUACCCCCUUCCUGCUUCUCAACUCCGAGACAACCCUAUUCAGAUUUCGCAGGAAAAUGAAAGAUUUCAUGGAAAAAAAGAUUGGUCUUUAUCAAGUGAAAAUAACAGUGGAGGCCCGUUUCAGAUUUCUCCCGAAAGCGAGGAUUUUGGUGGAAACGAUGAAUCUUUUUCCAGUGAAGUCAACAGUGGAGGGUCAAAGAUUCCUUUCGAGGGUAAUGCUUUUAACACUCAUACUGUUACUUUCUCCCAAGAACCCAAUCACACGUCACAAAGUUUCAAUGCUAAUGCAACCAACAGUCCUGGCAGUUCUUCUCAGACUUUGGAUAUUAUAGAAAGCGGAAAAGAAUUAAAGGAAGGGAUUUUAGAGAAGGGGAGGGUGUCUAGCAAUGUGACACUGGAUGGAAGCAAUGAUGAAUUUCUUGAGAAGUUGAGAAAGGGGAAUUUUGUGGAUAUAAUGAGUCAUUGUAGAAUAUUUGAUGGUAAAUGGGUGAGAGAUGAUUCUUACCCUCUUUAUGCCCCAGGUUCUUGUCCUCAUAUUGAUGAGUCUUUCAAUUGCUUUGUUAAUGGUAGGUCUGAUAGGGGGUAUGAGAAAUACAGAUGGCAACCCAGCGGAUGCAACAUGCCAAGGUUGAAUGCCAAGCAUAUGCUGGAAUUAUUGAGAGGGAAGCGUGUAGUUUUUGUUGGUGACUCACUUGGUAGAAAUAUGUGGGAAUCUCUGGUUUGUGUCCUUCAAAAUUCAGCUGAGGAGAAAAGCAAUGUUUUUGAAGACUCUGAUAGGCAUGAAUUGCAAACAGAGGGUUCUUACUCCAUUUUAUUCAAUGAUUAUAAUUGCUCUAUCGAGUACUUCCGAUCGCCAUUUCUAGUUCAAGAAUGGAAAUCACUUGAGAAAAAUGGAUCAAACAGGGAAACACUCCGACUUGAUAUGAUGGAUAAAUUAUCUUAUAAGUACAAAAAGGCAGAUGUUCUCAUCUUCAACACAGGACAUUGGUGGACUCAUGAAAAAACUUCCAAAGGGAAGGGUUACUAUCAAGAGGGUACCACUAUCUAUGACCGAUUAAAUGUUAAAGAGGCAUUUCGAAAAGCUUUGAGUACAUGGGCAAGAUGGAUAGAUACCAAUAUAGAUCCUAUGAAGACCCUUGUUUUCUUUAGGGGCUUUUCUGCAUCACACUUCAGGGGUGGAAGAUGGAAUUCUGGUGGUCAAUGUGAUGGUGAAACAGAACCUAUUACAAAUGAGAAGUACUUGAAGAAAUAUCCAUCAAAAAUGCGAAUUUUUGAGUCAGUGAUAAAGGGUAUGAAUAAACCAGUAUUGUAUCUUAAUGUUUCGAGAAUGACUGGUUUCCGGAAGGAUGCACAUCCAUCAAUAUACAGGAAGCAGAACUUAACGGAGGAGGAGAGAAGUUCGCCAACAAGAAUCCAGGAUUGUAGCCACUGGUGUCUCCCUGGUGUUCCGGAUACUUGGAAUGAACUGGUAUAUGCUCAACUCUUUGUCAAACAUAAUCAACAUCAGGAACAACUUCUGCAUCAAGAACUACAACAGAGAAGGGCAUAGGAACAUGGAAUCUUCUAAUCUGACAGAAAAGUUAUUUCGAAUCCAAUUCCCUAACGCAUUUACACUCUAGGAAAUUAGGCUAGCCAGAGUAGCGAGUAGCUCCUUGCUGGUAUAAGAAUGUUAAUGCAAACUCAGCAGUGAAGGAGCAAUAUACAUCAACUCAUGGCCGGAGCCGCAAUUGCUUCUUGAAAAUGGAUAAAAACUGUCAUGCACCAAGACCAACAGAACAAUUGAAAGUGCAAGGAAGGAAUUCCCCUCAUGAAGAAUCCAGGACAAGAAGAUUUCUUACAGGAUGUCUCUAUGCCUUGUGCUGCUGCUGGUUGUGGGAUGCUUGCUUUGAUCUAUAGAAUAAUUAAGGAGAAUUCACGUAACUUUCGAUUGUAAUAUUUGUUUAAGAAAAUAGCAAAUCACUUUGUAUUUGUAUCCAAAAGAAUGUAACACAAAAUAAUAUUUGUAUUUUCUCUUUUAAUAUACAAAAAGGCUUGUUUCUGUUGAG